AGGCGGGAGGCGGGCGUGGCCCAGGCGGUCAGUGUGUGUCGGGCGGACGAGGCGAGAUUGUCGCUGGCGCGUGAAUCCCCUACGCUUGUUCUUUGCGUUUUUAACUGUUAAGUUUUUUUAAACAUCUAUAAAUUGACAAUGACGACCGAGACGGAGACGAAGGUUGUAGAGCAGACGGAGGAGAAGAAGGAGGAAGUGAAAGAAGAGGUGAAGAAGGAGGAGGCGGAGGUUAAUAACGCGGAGGAGAAGGCUGACGAUAAGGCCGAGAAGGCAGACAAAGAGAAGAAGGAAGAGGAGAAGAAGAAGGAGGACAAGGCGAAGAAGGAGGCGCCGCCGCCCAAGCCGGCCGUGCACAAGCUGGACUUUGAGAAGGACGUGGUGUACCUGUACCAGUUCACCAGGACGCCCGUCCUCCCCUCCCUCAGCCCCUACUGCCUCAAGGUGGAGACCUGGCUCCGCCUCGCCCACCUCCAGUACCAGAAUGUGGAUCACAAGAUGAAGUACAAGAGUAAGAAGGGCCAACUACCCUUUGUGGAGGUGAAUGGUGAAGAGAUAGCAGAUUCUGCCAUUAUCAUCAAAGAACUGGGCAGUCGCUACAAUGCAGAUUUGGACGGUGGACUCACCCCUGAGCAGCGCAAUGUUGCCCAUGCCACAAUCUCUAUGAUAGAAAAUCACUUUGCAUGGGUAGUGAAGUAUUUCUUCUACAACAAUCCUGAUUUAAUGAUUCAGGGAUUUAAGUUGGAUCUGAAGCAGGUGACCCAGCGAGCUCUACCGACAGUCAUCCUUAACUUCCUCUUUAAGCGUAAACUUAAAGCGGCUGCCAAGAAAGUUCGUGCACAUGGAAUUGGAGUUCACAAGCCCGAGGAGAUCGAGGAGUUUGGACACAAUGACUUGACAGUUCUUUCAGACCUUCUAGGAGAUAAACCAUUCUUCUUUGGUGACAUUCCUACUUCGCUGGAUGUGGUUGCCUUUGCCAAUCUUGCACAAGUAGCAUUUAUGGACAAGGAGGUAAGUUACUCCCUUCGUGACUGGAUGACGGAAAAUUGUGCCAAUUUAGUAGAAUUCUGCAAUCGUGUCAAGGACCGAGCAUUCCCUGACUGGGAAGAAAUGUGCACAAACUUGGAUCUUAAUUCUCAUAUACCAAAGCCACCUCCAGAGGAAAAGGUUGAGGAACCAGCAGCAGAAAAGAAAGAUGAAAAGUCCAAGGAAGAGGAGAAGAAGGAUGAGAAAGAUAAGGAUGACACUGAAAAGGAAAAAUCCCAGAAAGAUGAGAAGGAAGGAGAGAAGGAAGAUAAUAAGAAGACGGAAGAGAAGGAAAAAGAGGAAGAGAAGAAGUAAAAAGAUUGAUUAUUCAAAGUUGUUGAAAGCAGUCAAGAACCAAAUCUAUUUGUAAUAUAUGUGAUAAAUGUUGUUUGAAGGCUUUUUUUUUUUUUUGCUUGAUACACUUUGUAUAGAUAUCUUCUUGUUAGCGUGGAACACAAGCACCUCCCCGUGCCGACUUAGUCGUUAAAGUUUCGUUGGCCACUAUCAGAAAUAAGCUCGUUCUUACCUUCAUUGUUUACGGGAGAGUUCAAACAGUAAGGACAUGAAAUAUUGGAGGGGGAGGGGGGGGUUUGGGUAGGGGUAGUCCAAGCUGGUGGUUUCCAGUUGGACUUGUACAUUAAAGUCUUUGUAAUUGUUGGGCUUUCAUGUUUUAGAUCAGUUUAGUCCCACAUUUCAUGUUUCCCUUUACCUUGCCGUUUGAAUUGGUACCAGUUCUCAUUGUAGUAUUGUUUGGUCUCAUUAUGUGUACUGUAGUUGAUAACCCAACUGCUCAUUUUCCUGAAGGUAAUGACAAGAUUUAUAUUCAGAGUUUUAACAAGAAUAUUGAAGGUUGGGACUGGUAGUCAUAUCUGUGUGGCUUGCAUAGCUUAUAGGUUUAUUCCAUACGACUUUAGUUAAAUGAGUUUAAGAGCAGUAUUAUUCAUGGGACUCGAGUUUGUACCUUCUGCUACCAUGACAAUUCAAUUUCUUAACUCUCAUUUUUUUUAAUCACUUUUGUAAUAUUAGUUUGUACAUUACUAGCUUUUAAUAUGGCAUCUAGAACAUUAUGAUAGUUUUUACAUGUGGAAGUUAUUUUGUAAUAUGGAAAUACUCAUUUUAUAGGUUCUCUUUGAUACCAGAGGGAAAAAUUCCCACUGCUUUUUGUGAUAGGAAUGCUCAUUAACCAAGUCAGUGGUGUAUCUUGGGUUUUUGCCCAGAAACACUGCCUUGCUGUAAUUUACCCGAUUGUUAUCAGUAACUUAUUCUAAUGUAUUAUAUACAAAAGUAAUCUAAAAACCUUCAAGAGUUUGAAAUUGUUGGUUACCAAGAGUCGGUAAGAUGAGUGAUGCAAUGGUUUUAAAGCGUGACUGAUAUCCAUGACACAAGAACCCUAGAUAACCCAGACUUGGAAAUUUUGAAAAUCUUUAAGGAUCCAAAGACAGUCAUGGCACCAAAAUAGUCAAUAGGGACCACAGUGCCGCACAAUCAAAAUUAUAAUAAGGCACAAGGACUUUGGCAGAAAAGCUUGAGUGUGCUAAGAAAGCAAAUAUACAUGGUAUUUCUAAAGUUUUAUACUAAAGGAAGUUGCACAGUAUUUUCGGUCAAAUGUGCUGUGAUGACCAAACACCAAUUUUGUAAGAAGUGCUAAAUAGAAAUAAUCCAUUCAUACAAUGAAGUUUGUAGCCUUGUGCUUAGUCCAAAUUGUAAAGAUUUGUGCUACAAUUGCUAAUGUUUGGCUAGAUAUUGCCCUAGAAGUCUUGCUAGACCCUUCAGAGUGUGUGAUACCAUGUUUGUACCCUAGCUUUUGUACACUUGGUACCUUAAGGCUUCAGCAUUCAUGUAGUAGGUGAUAUUUGGCAUUUUUAUUAUAGGCACAUAAACCAUGGUUAUCAUGUAUACACAGACAUUUAUGUUCCUCAAUAAAUGUAUCCUUUUAGGAAAAGUUUUUAAUUAUUUAAUCCUCUGUGGUAUCUGAGUUGCUGAAUUCACCAACUUGUGGCAGUACAGCUAGUUUGUCUCUAGCAAGAGAUUGCAUAACUGCUAGUAAACGUUGAUGUCUUUAAUUACCCCGCCUCCCAUUGUGUGUGUAAAAUAUAUAGUUGGAUCCCAGUUCUAUAUAAUCCAAUGCUAACUACAAGGUAAAGUACACUAUAUUUAAUUCUACAUGGUUAAGAUGUUUAGAUUUGCAAAUUUAUUAAUGUACAUUCAAUAAUACUCUUGAGCUUUGUAUAAGCAUUUAAAUAUAAAUUUAUAUAAUACCAAGAGAGUUUGAUGGAAUUUGUAAACAAGGUGGAAGUUGUGCUUCUGUGGUCAUUUAGCCUGUGUUUUAGGUUGGAUACUUUUUUUUUUGCCUUUAUAUUCCAUACACUUCAUUGAUUUUAUUUUAGAUUUUUUAAAGUAGUCUAGUUUGUCAAUAAAAGUUAUUUAUAA